AUGGGUCAGGAUGGUGGCAUCCACAUCCUGGGCAGCCAGAUGGACAAAGGGACACAGGCGGCGGAAGGGGCGGCCGGGGGCGGCGGCGGCGCCCAAUGGGCUGCGCGGAGCGUCACUUCCCGGCGGCCGGAGGCAGCGGCGAGUGUAGAGGGCUGGGGGCGGCCGGCGGGGGCGGGGCGGCCGGCGGAGGCGUUGGCAGCGGGCUGGGACCCACGCGGCGCCGCGGCCCACCUGGCCUGCAGGGCUCCCACCCCCGGCGGCAGCGGCGGCGGCGGCACGAUGCCCUUUGACUUCAGGAGGUUUGACAUCUACAGGAAGGUGCCCAAGGACCUCACACAGCCGACGUACACCGGGGCCAUUAUCUCUAUCUGCUGCUGCCUCUUCAUCCUCUUCCUUUUCCUCUCGGAGCUCACCGGAUUCAUCACGACAGAAAUUGUGAACGAGUUGUACGUCGAUGACCCGGACAAGGACAGCGGGGGCAAAAUUGACGUCAGCCUGAACAUCAGUCUACCCAAUUUGCACUGUGAAUUGGUCGGGCUCGACAUCCAGGAUGAGAUGGGCAGGCACGAAGUGGGGCACAUUGACAACUCGAUGAAGAUCCCGCUGAACAACGGGGUGGGCUGCCGCUUCGAGGGGCAGUUCAGCAUCAACAAGGUCCCGGGCAACUUCCACGUGUCCACACACAGUGCCACAGCCCAGCCACAGAACCCGGACAUGACCCAUGUCAUCCACAAGCUCUCCUUUGGGGACACGCUGCAGGUCCAGAACGUCCACGGAGCUUUCAACGCUCUCGGGGGAGCAGACAGACUCUUCUCCAACCCCCUCGCCUCCCACGACUACAUCUUGAAGAUCGUGCCCACGGUUUACGAGGACAAGAGUGGCAAGCAGCGGUACUCUUAUCAGUACACGGUGGCCAACAAGGAGUACGUCGCCUACAGCCACACUGGCCGCAUCAUCCCCGCCAUCUGGUUCCGCUAUGACCUAAGCCCCAUCACGGUCAAGUACACGGAGAGACGGCAGCCUCUGUACAGGUUCAUCACCACGAUCUGUGCCAUCAUCGGCGGGACCUUCACUGUUGCCGGCAUUCUGGACUCGUGUAUCUUCACAGCCUCGGAGGCCUGGAAGAAGAUCCAGCUGGGCAAGAUGCAUUGA